AUUCCUCUAAAAGGAGGAGGAGAAACGUGUGUGUUUCUUGAGUAGGAAACAAGGAGGAGAAUGAUGGAGCCAGUCUCUCUCUCUCUCUCUCUCUCGCUCUCUGUGUUUAUUUACUCAUCCAGCAGUGACGGGCCUGACUUUGAGUAAGUGAGAAGAGAGAGGAAACAUCAUGUCACCGUUGUGGAUUCUGUCUCUGUCUGCACUCAUGUGUCCGAUAUCUUCAGCAUCUCACUGGAGGAGAGCUCUGUACCCAUCAGCCUUCAGAGUGAAGCGAGGAACGCCAGCGCUGUUCAACCCCUCGUUUCAGAAAUCAGUGGAAGAUGCCAACCUUCUCUAUGAGGUGUUGUGGUCUGGAGCGUACAUGGACACAGAGCGAGGAACGCUGCAUAUAUCUGAUCAGGAACUGGCCUCUUUAAGAAAACUGGAGGUUCUGGACGUUCUGUGUGAGGACGUGUUGCCCAGAACUCUCUCUGAGAUCCAGCGGCUCAGCGCUCAGCUGGCACAGCAUCACGGCUCGCUGCGGAUGGAGGACUUCGAGCGCACUGUGCUUACUAUGGUGUUCACAGCCCAACAUGUCCAACACACCAACCCCGGCCACCAGAGGGAGCUGUGGACAAACACCCUCUUACAGCUCUAUAAAGCCAUUAAAGUAGACCUGCGGCCGGAGUGACACAUUUUAAAAUACAACACAAUACUAUGAUAGACUUCCUUAGGAGGCGUUUAAAGACGUUGCUCUGUAAAAUCUGGGUCCUGAAGUCUGUAUUUACAGUGUUCCACUGGGGUCUGACUGUAUAUGUGCAUUUUAAGAUCAGCGUUUGCAUAAGUUCACCUUCACAAUGACAAAUCACAUUCUUUGCAUAAAAGGUGUUGUUUAUCCCAAGCAGUCCAAUGUGAUGGCACAUUAUUAGAGAAUGAGGUGCAGUGUCCUUGUAAGACUUUCCAUUUAUCCUCAGACAAUGCAUCUGCUCAUAUCAUCAUCAUCACGUCCUUGCUCGUGUUUUACUGACAUUUCACCAGGAGUAUUCCCAGCGGCACAUCAAAACCUGCUUCUUCUGCUAAAAGGGGUUUCAGAAGACUGAAAAUAUAACUGUCAUUAAAGUUCAAUCUGCACAUCUUUUCUCCUGAAUUAAUAGAGCUUCCUAUAUAUGAAGAUUUUCUUUCAACAGUUUUAUUUGAACACCUCAAGCAAUUUUUCAGCAUCUGACUGCAUAUCACCAGCUGAUGAAAGACUUAAGAUGAUAAGAUGAUCAUGAUUAUUAAUGAACCCAGGCUCAUAAUUUUAGAAUAUAAAUGCGUGUUAUUGUAUGUGUGUCUACAGCGCCAUCUGCAGGCGACAGAUAUGACAGCUGCUUAUAACAACAACUACAGGAAUUAUUAUUACGUUUACAUUUAUGUAUUUGGCAGACGCUUUUAUCCAAAGCGUCUUACAUUGCAUUGUACUAUACCUCUGUGUUUAGCAGAACAAAGAAAUGUAUACAGGUUUGGAACAACUUGAAGGUGAAUACAUGAUCACAGCAUUUUCAGUUUUGGGUGAAGUAUCCCUUUAAUUUUGUAUAAAAUAAUAAUAAAG